AUGGAAGGCAAUGGGGCGAUGGACUUUGCGGACGAUGCCGAUGCGCAGCCUGGGUCAGCAGGGUCGCCCGAGCCUCUCGCCAGCGACAGCGACGUGCAGCCAUCGCAACUACAAGCGGCCGACGUCGAGGUGGAGCUCUUGCAGGCGCAAGUCGACUUUGACGCCGCCAUCAGCGACACCAGCUACCCUUCCGACUCGAGCGAUGCCUCUGAGAGCUCCAGCCACGAGCAGCGGCGCUCACGCAGCAGCACGCCACGCAGUGAGGCCGACUUGGACCACCUUCCCGGCGGCUCGUCUCCUCAAGGCAGCUUGCCAGAGGCGCCAUACCGCUCUCAAGCCCGUCUGCUCUUUCGCCUGAAGCCCGUGAUCCCGAGGAGCACCGCGAAGAGGCCGAGGCCGCACGAUGGCAGCCAGCCAAAGACCAGGAGCGCAGCAGCAAGACGACGGGAGCGGUCUGGACCGACCUGUACCGUCUGCCGUAUUGGAGCAGCGUCAAGUCGUGCCCUGUGGAUGCCAUGCACGCUGUCCUCCUUGGCAGCGUCAAGAGGCUUUGGCAUCGGUUGCUCGUCGAUGCCGGCGUCCUGUCCAAGACCGAGCUCAAGACUUUGCAGAGCCGCUUCGAGGCCUUGGUCGUGCCAAGCGGCGUUGCCCCCAUCCCGCCGCUCCUCGGAAGUCCAGCCAGAGGCUCGCCAACAGCGGCCCAGCUCGCCACCCUGGCCAAAGUCUUGCCAGACCUGCUCGUUGGCCUAUGGCCAGAUGCUGUCGCCAACUACCGCCGGUGCAAAGAGGAAGUCGACCGCCUCACGCAGCAACAGCCGUUUCCCAAGAUACGGUCGAGUGCACGCCGCCAUUGGGUCAAGCUCAAGUUCAAGCACAAAGAGCGGGCUGCAACUUCGGCAUCAGCGGCAGGCGGCGGCGAGACACAACUCGUCGAGGAUGCUGCAGAGGACACCCAUGGCGCCAGCAUCGAUGACUCCGACCUCGACGACAACCCAGAAGGCCCCGGGCCAUCAACAUCUGCUUGCCCCGGCCGCACAGCAGCAUCGGACGCGCCGCCUAAGGCCAAGGACCUCCAUCGCUUGCUGCACCGAGGCUGGAUCAUCCAGAGGCUCGCCCUCCCCCUCUCUCGCUUUGCUGCCAUCUUCUGCAAGGGUGUGCUGGCAGCAGAAGAUGUCGAUGCAGCGGAGGGAUGGGUGCGGUCGUUUGUCGCAGCGCUCGCCGAGGUACCAUUCCUCACACCCAACUCGCACUACCUGCAACACCUUUGGGAGCACAUCCGUGCCUUUGGUCCCCCCUGCUCGUUCUGGGCGUUCCCUUUCGAGCAAGGCAAUCCAUCCCUCACGCAGAUGGUGCGCCGUUUGA